GAUCUCUGUACCUGCAAUGGUCACCCCCAGGGCCGAUGUGACAUUCAGACCAACCCCUUCUGGGCCAGUUGUAAAUGACUGUCCACCUGUCUGCCAGUUAUGUGAUAACAUGGCCGAGGUCAGUAAGCGGUUUGGAGGAGGAGAUAUUGCCGGGGCCGUACUGGGAGGAGCGUGCGGAGGAGCUCUGAUGGCUCUUCUCUUCACCUUCAUCAUACUCCACUGUACCGGUUACACACUCACAGGUUCAAAGGAGAACCGUGUGACAGAAGCAAGAAGGUAUGUCCAGCAGAGCCACCCACCAAGACAACACCACUCAGAUCCAACAGUGACUCAAGAACCAGAAAGAGACGCAACCAUCAAUGAAGAUCCCAGCUGCGCAAUGGCAGAAGUGUCACCAGACUACUAUAAUGUUCAACAAGAUUCCACAGGAUACUGGAACACGAACAAAGGGAAUGUGGCUGGAUACUACAACACGAACCAAGGAAACAUCCCAGAUCACUUCACUGGUUUGAUUGUUCGUGUCUCAUCAGGGCACUGCAACACGAACCAAGGAAACAUGACUGGUGGGUGA